GACUGCUGUUUUUGUUGGGGGGGGAAAACAGGUCCAUGAAGUUCAAGUUUAUGGUCACGUUAGAAGGCUGAGAAUGACACGCCAAGCCUUGUACAUAGCCUACUACUGUAAGAUGAGUAUAAUUUGAUUGUAAAACACAUCCAGUUUGGCAAGUCAGCAGAAAAGAGUGUGACCGCAAACCCCUGCUGCAGUUUUGGAACGGCAUUUUGAGCCCAGUGACAUUAAUUGAACGCAUGCGCUGUGAAGAUUUUGUGUGAACCUGCGAACUCGCGCGGUAGUGCCUUUGAAUGUUGUCAUCAUGCUCGCUAGUCAUGUUACCAUACAGAAAGGGAAAACAUUGCCAAAAUAUGAUCAGUGUCGUACAUGCUGCGACCAGUUUCAUUGUCCAUUCUGUACGGCAGAAUAUUUCAAGCCUACAAGAGCCAGUAGUGUGAACCGUCACCUCACAUUACAUUUCAACCGGGCAGUUCAACAUGAGGGUAAGUUGCCAUCGUAGCCUACAGCUAGAAUGUGAAAAUAACAUACCAGAUCUUUCCCAAAAAUAAUCCCCACCCGUGACAAGAAAUACAUUUGUAGUUUGAGGCAUUUUGUGCGCAGUUCAAAUAGCAUUGCACAGGAGAAGGAUACCACCACAACAGUUACGUGCAGCUAAUGGUUCAUAAGUUGACUUGCCUUUUAUUGUGGUUUGCUAACGGUGUGCUCAGCUGUGCUUGCCACAAAACCAAGAAGGGUUGCACUGUAGUGACGGAGAAACGUCCUCAUUUGUUAUAGUCUUUGAACAAUGUUGGCCCCUCAUCCUUAUCAUGUCUGUUGUCAUAUGUUGCAGGAUACACUAUCCACCGAUGUGGUUUGGGGUGCAGGCCACAACUUCAUUACCAUUGCAUAUACUGCCAGUCAAUGCUGCUGCGCAAAGAAGACUUUGAUAAACAUUUAGUUUGGUGCAAGGCUAAACAAUCAAUCAAAACACCACUGUCUGAUGCGUGUCCAGACAGUGCAGAGACGAGUACUCCCCCGACAGAACCAGGUUCUGCAAUUGCAAAACCGUGUCCAGUAAGCACAGAACGAUGUCCAACGAGCGCAGAACCAUGUUCAACAAGGGCAGAGCCAUGUCCAGCAAACACAGAUCCACUGUCUGAUGCAUGUCCAGACAGUGCAGAGACGAGUACUCCCCCGACAGAACCAGGUUCUGCAAUUGCAAAACCGUGUCCAGUAAGCACAGAACGAUGUCCAACGAGCGCAGAACCAUGUCCAACAAGGGCAGAGCCAUGUCCAGCAAACACAGAUCCAUGUCCAGCAAGCAUAGAGCUGUCUCCACCCCUAUCAGAACCUCAUUCUCUCAGUGCAGAGUCAUCUGAACCAGGAGUUCUUGCCAGGCCAAAAGGAGGGCGCGUGAGACCUGUUGUCCGGACAAGGUGUCCAAUGUGCAAUGUUCUCAUGAACAAGCGUAACAUUGGAAAGCACAUCAUCCGUAAACAUGCAAACCUGGAGCUUUUUGAUGUAAAUGCCACGUACCAGUGUAUUGAUGAGAAUAACGGUAUCUUUGCUGUCCAAAAGACUUUCCAUGAUCACCGUGUCAAGAAGAAACUAAGGGGUGAAAAUUGUUACCAAUCGUCUCAGUCACAGGACAGCCAGUUAAACACGGAUAUAGCAUUGAGGACUUCCAUGAGAUCAUAUAGAUGUGUACAACUCAGGAUGUCCUCAUCACACCCUGUGGCCGCUCUGUGCCAGAUGACCGCGACUCCUGACAAAGAGGCAAACUUUGCGACCGGUGCGCGGCUGGUGGAAGAAGCACAGGCGGCCGGCGCCAGCAUGGUAUUCCUUCCGGAGGGUUUCGAUUACAUUGGUUCCAACCUCAAGCAGACCCUGCAGCUGUCCGAGACCCUCUCAGGCGAGACCAUCACUCGCUACUCAGAGCUGGCCAGGAAGUUGGGGGUUUGGCUCUCCCUGGGCGGCUUCCAUGAGCGAGGGGAGAACUGGGAGACGAAGAAGCGCAUAUAUAACAGCCACAUCAUCCUCAAUGAUCAAGGGGACAUUGUCAGCGUGUACAGGAAGGGUCACCUCUUUGAUGUGGAGUUGGCCGAAAAGGGCGUGUCCUUGAAGGAGAGCUCCUUCACCAACCCUGGCACCACCCUUGUUCCUCCUGUGCAGACUCCUAUUGGCAAGGUGGGACUCGCUGUCUGCUAUGACCUGCGCUUCCCUGAGCAUUCAUUGGCCCUACUGAAGCAUGGGGCAGAGAUUCUGACCUAUCCCUCAGCCUUCACCGUGGCAACAGGCAUCGCCCACUGGGAGGUGCUGUUGCGUGCGCGAGCAGUAGAGACCCAGUGCUACGUGCUGGCCGCGGCACAGGUUGGCCCCCACCACCCAAAGCGCUCCUCCUACGGGCACGCGCUGGCCGUGGACCCCUGGGGGGCGGUGCUGUCGGACCUGGGGCCCGCAGACUCGGGCCUGGCGCUGGUGGAGGUAGACUUGCAGAAGCUGAGGGACACGCGGAGGGAUAUGCCGGUCCAGCAGCACCGUAGGGAGGCCGAGUACUACAGAAGCUUGGACGCUGAUUGAGAGAGUGCUGCUAUCAAUGCCUCAACAUCUGAUUCGAUACUUGUUGGUUGGACAAGCAGUAUCUCAUCAGCGCAAGUGUGUGUGUGUGUGUGUGUGUGUGUCUGCCUGCACUGGGCUGGACCAAGAGUCCUCUACUUUCUCUCAUACUGCUAGGGUAAUUGCCCAUCAGCUUUCCACAGACAUUGAUUUUUCAAUAUAUGUUAUUAUUCCCAAAUAACUCAACACCCACAAUCUGUGUUUAUGUAGAACUGCCGAUAUCCAUGUCAGAAAAAAAAAAAGGCACAAUGAUUUUGCCUCCCUAGCAAAUUGUGAAAAUACAAUGCUUGUAAAUAAACCAAUAUGCUAUCCA